GCCGGGUGGUGGUCUCUAGAUCUGUGCUCCACUUGGGCGGCUGUCUAAUUGCUUCGCUUCUCUUGGCUGCCAUGACGAUGCCAGCGAAGAUGAGCUCGAGCUCUUUGAUCAGACCCACCCCGAUCCCGGCGCCGCGCCUGACCACGUCGACUUUUCAAAGAUGCGCGAAAAGGUCACGGCAGGUGCCUAUCUGUCUCUCGAUCAUUUCGAGCAUGACUUUGAAAUAUCGAUGAGCAACAUCAUGGCCCUCUAUCCGUAUGGUGGAGAGGUCUUUGACACCGCUCAUCGGUUGUAUCGAGCGGGCAUCCGACUGGUCCGCAGUCUCCACCAAAACCUUCCCUCGGACUCGGGCACCAAGUGCGCAAACCCAUCGACCCGAUCUCCAGUAUUUGGUCCGCGAGCGAUCUUUAGCCAGCUGGAUCCUCAAGAUCGGUUGUGCCAGAACCAGAAAGUAGCUCUGAUGAAACAGGGCCCAGAUGGCUCAUACUACUUUUCUAGCGGGCCGAUCAGACCCCUAGUUGCACAAGAUAAAGCAAUAUUAGAUAGCGAGGCCCAGCUUGUUCAAGUCUCGUUCCAGCUCCCUUGCAAAACCGUCCCCCAGCUCGAAUUUGUGUCAUCCCCCGAGCAUGUGGCGCCAACCAAGAAUCAGACUCGCCGACGGCGAAAGAGCCAUGAGAUAGUGGAGUUUCUUGCGCCAGGAGCGUUUCUGUCUUUCAAGCCCGACGCCGACGCAACAGGUGCCUUUGUCUCUCAAACCGAAUCCUCGUUGGUCCUCAACGACCUUGCCUCUCCAAGCGCCUCGUUGAAUCUCGCGCUACCAGUUUUCGCGGGCGACAUUGACUCGAACGGGGGAGCCGACGCCGAACAAGCUCCAGUUCUCGGCUUGGACGAGCACCAAAUGAUACACGAUGCCCUAUCUGAAGAAGCCGCUCCGGAUUUUGACAUUUCGUCAGCCCUUGUUCGUAUUCUGGAAGAAUCAACUGAUCCAGUGGCGUCCAUGGAAAUCGACCCCGUUGAUACUGGCUUGGCUGAGACUCAGCACCAAAUUCUCAAACUCAUCGAAGUUUUGGAGCCCAAAUUCGGAAUGGCACUGCCGGUUGUGUACAGUGACGAUGAGAUUGAUCAAAUCUCAUCGCUCCAGAAGAACCUCUCUGCCUUGGCAGAGAAGCAGCCUCCUGGCAACCUCGUUGACCGCCGAUCGCUGUCGAUGGCCAUGCUAGAGUUGACAGGGAGGUACGAGAUUGCUUUCCGAGGAACCCUGCCAUCCUCCAAGCCACACGCAUUCGUAAGUCAGGCGGGCGAACAUGCUGCUAUCCACCAAGCAAGCCCUUCGACUCAGUCGGGCCUACGCAAGGAAAUGUCAAGCUUGGGCUCCAAAUCGCGGAGAGUGAGCUCGACGGUUGUACCCAAGACACCACAGCCUCGCGCUCGGCAGAGAUGACGGUGUGUCCCGGCAAGUCAUCCGUCAAUACAGCAACCAAUGUGAUCCGAAUGUCACCUAUGAUUUCUGGAAUGUAAUCUCGUCCCACAACAACGGAGUGGUCUUUUCAUGGGUUGAAUGGGUGCUGCGGGUUCCUCCAUCGCACACGAUGUAUUGCCCAUGGACUGCCGAGAGCAACGGCGGUGGGCAAUGGACAGUUAUUGAUGAGCGAUGCUCAAUCACGGCGGCCACUUUGAUUCUGAUAUUGGACUGCGCCAAUUUCAUCGCAAGAGGCGUAUCUCCCCAAGGAGCUGCUCGUACAUAUAGUCCGAUAGCUGGAACAAUCCUUCGCGAGAAACGACCCGAUGAGACCCGGUA